AUGACGACGUUGUCAUAUAUACAAAGAAAUGAUGACGGCUUAAGGACCUUAAGGUCGUCGUAUACCCUAAAAGACCCUAAAAGGGACCACAAAACUCAGUUGGUGGGAAUUCUCGUCAUUAUCACUCUAAGCGGGACCAAAAACACAGAUUUAAAACUUUUUGAGUCUCAAUGCAGUAACUAGUACUAAUCUUUAAUACAGAUCUUUAUAUAUAAUCGCCGUUACUACAGGAAGCCCAUUAAGCUAAUUGUUCAACUGUGGAUAAAAUGAGUUGAUAACAAGUAAAAGACUCACUAUGAAGAACGAUCAAAGUAUAAAAAAAUAUUAAAUCUAAAUUAGAUAAAUAAAUAAAAGAAUGGUGUCUUCCUCUAAAAAGUUAAAAUGGGUUUAGCCAAUGAAAAAUGCUGUUAUAAACAACGCCAUGACGUCACUGACAUGUGGAUAACAAACAAGAGAGGGAGCGAUUUUCAAGAUCAACCAAGUUCAAAUUUAUAUGAUUUGCGACAAAAUGAACGGAUAUCGUAGCGAACAAGAAGAGCACAGUACCACAAGUGCUCAGAUUUGCUGUUUGGUGGAAGAUGGUGAAAGGUGCAAAAGGCAGUCGGGGAAUGCCAGUUAUUCCAAGCGAAUCCAAAAGACAGUGGGCCAACGAAAACUGAAGCUUUCGCUCGACAGCAAUGCUAGACAUAUAUACAUCUGUGAUUACCACAAGAACAUGAUACAAAGCGUCCGAAGCAAACGUAAACGCAAAGAAUCUGAUGACGAGCACGAUUCUCCGGACGUCGAUUUUUGCUCUCUCCAGGUAAACACUCUUCGUAGAUACAAACGCCACUUCAAAUUACAAACCAGACCAGGGCUGAAUAAAGCUCAGCUCGUGGAGACAAUUCAAAGACACUUCAAACAGCUGCACUGCCCAGAGAAAGAAACCAUUACCUAUUUUAUCUACAUGAUCAAAACCAGUAAAAAUAAAUGGGAUCAGAAAAAUGACAACAGCUAAAGACAAAUAUUCCGCUACUAGUAAAUGACCAAUGUAAUAUAAAAUCUCUUGAAUCUUUUACAGUGUAAAUAGAAGGUUUGGAUACCAGAAGAUGAAUUAAUAUAAUUGUCUGUGUACUAAUGUAAAUGUAAUAUUGGAUAGUUUUAGAUGGCACUUUUCCUUCCUGUUUUAUUGUAAAAGUCUAGGUUAGCAGUAUCUUACAAGAUAAUAAAGUCAAGCCUUCAGUGUUCUCAACCACACAGCAUUGAAAGGAAAAACAGAGGUAAACAAAAAACUGACUCAAAAGACUUCACUUCUAUUUCUGUAAACAAAAGUUCUUGUGAUAGAUUGUAGAAAAUUUUACUUGAUCCCACAAAGGAAUAAACCCUUUAAGCGGUAUGUUCCAUAUGUACAGUUGCAAUGAUUGUAUUGCACUAUUUUGAAAGUCUUCAAUUGGGAGUAAUAUGACAUAUUAGUAAAUCUGUUCAUUGUCCAUGCAUUUCAAAAAUGAUCAAAUUAGGUAAAUGGUGUCUUGAUAGAAUUAUAUUUUAUAUGUUAAGCUGCCUUCUAAGAAGGCUUAUUAUGACAUGGUUUUUAUUUAGUCAUUCUAUAUUACCUUGUUAUUUCUUUAGUGUCAAUUUAUUAUAACUCACAUGUUUGUGAGUUUUUGCAAUUUAGUAUUAAUAAACAUUUGAUUGUGAUAGUAGA